UUGCAUUUGUCAGACAUCUGCUAGAGGUGUAUUCUGUGUGCGUGUCUCGUAGUUGAUCUCGGCGUUUGACGAGGGUCCGUUUUUCUUUAAAGUAGCUCAGGCGGCUUUUCCAGUUUGCUGUUCAAGUAAAUGAUAUUCGGCAAUUAGCUAAGCGAUGAACAGAAUUUUAUUGUGUCUGGCCGUGUUUGGAGCAGUUUUCAUCUGCACCAAGGCAGCAAUCGACGUGGAAAUCGAAAACAAAAAUGUCGACCGCACUAUCGAUCUCGCAUCACAGUUGGUGAAAAUCUCUUACAAAAUUACCCUCGAGCACAAGGCGAAGAAACCGAUCAGCAGUUAUUUGUUCAUUGUUCCAAAAGAUGAGCGUGAGAGGCUCUCGUUCAUUUCCGCCAAGGAUUCCUCCAAGAAGGAACUCAAACUAACGGAGACGGCUUCCCCAAAAGGGGCAGCAUUUUCUAUGAAUUUGCCGGCCGGAUCAACGAAUCCGGUUGUUUACAUCGAGACGGUGUUCACAAAAUCACUGAAACCAUUCCCAACAUCCAUUGCACAAACCGAACGUCAACUGGUGCAAUAUUUUGGUAAUGUUUAUGUCUACUCCCCGUUCAAAACGGUCACUCAGAAGACAACAGUCCAUCUGAGCUCGCGCAAUGUGGAAAGCUACACCCAAUUCAAACCAGUUGUCCAUUCGGACAACACCAUCACCUAUGGACCAUACGAUAAUGUUGCAGCAUUCUCCGUUGAGCCGAUGACUAUUCACAAUGAGAAUUACACACCUUUCCUGACUGUGACCAAGUUGGAACGCACUAUCGAAGUUUCUCAUUGGGGCAACAUCGCGGUCGAAGAAACGAUCGAUAUUGUACACUCAGGAGCAGCUUUGAAGGGUCCAUUUUCACGAUAUGACUAUCAAAAGGAUUCACGCUCGAAUCAGGCUUGCGUAAAAUCGUACAAAACUCUACUGCCCGCAUCGGCCACUGAAGUUUACUAUCGCGACACCAAUGGCAAUAUUUCCACAUCCUCUAUGAGGGUGGUGAAGGAUUCGGUGGAACUGGAUCUCCGACCACGUUUCCCGCUGUUCGGCGGAUGGAAAACGCACUACACCCUUGGAUAUAACGUACCCAGCUUCGAGUAUCUGUUCCAAAAUGGAGAGAAAUAUCAGCUAUCAAUGCGAGUGCUUGAUCACAUAUUCGAUGAUAUGGUUGUUGAUGAAGUGACGACAAAAAUUAUUCUACCCGAAGGUGCAACUAACAUCAAACUAAUCACUCCGUAUUCGGUCACCCGUAAUCCUGAUUCAUUGCACUAUACGUAUCUGGAUACCUUCGGCCGUCCAGUUAUAUCUUUCUCCAAGAAAAAUGUCGUUGAAGCGCACAUCGCUGAUUUCGUCCUCAAAUACAACUUCAAUCGUGUUAUGAUGCUGCAGGAACCUCUGUUGGUGGUCGGAUUCCUUUACAUUCUUUUUGUUCUAGUUAUUAUCUGGAUGCGACUAGAUUUCUCCAUUAUCAACGAAAAAGAACAUUUGCAUCGAGACUAAAUGUGAGUAGUCGAGUAAACACAGACAUAAUUGGGCUCCCUCUGUGAAGUGGAAGCGAAUUGGAGAAAGGUACACCGCACGUAGGCAUAUUUGCGUGUGUAUAGCUGAAAGAAUUAGGUAUCUAAUUAGAAUAAAGUAGAAACGCAGCACUUUGCAUAAACGGCACAGGUGAAGUAGGAGAGACGAAUAAACAGUUUCCUGUAGUAACAAUUAUGUUGUUUUCUAGGAACGGUACUGAACAUGCAAUUAGAUACACUUGGAAACAUGCAUAAUAAUAAAAGUUGAAAAUAGAUAAA